GACUUCGAAAAACCGUUUGAGCAGAAGUUGCAAACCCUUCCGACGUUGACACAUUUCGUCAAAAGCAAAGACUUUCCAAGGAUCGUACAUAUUUUUAUUCUUGGAUAAUUAUUCAACUCGAAUUCUUAGGUCUGGAAUAAAAAAUAUCGAAAACUAUGAAAAAUAGACAGAAAACUUAAAAUGGACAAAGAAAUUGAAUCAUACCAGUUAACUACACAAGUAUUAACAGGCAACAGUUUUAAGGAUUUGCAUAUUUCCAAACCAACUCCAACAUAUAAUGUUUUAAAAAUGGAAAAUUCAAAUGAUGACAAGAAAAAAACAUGUAUGACUAACUCAACAAAAACUACAGAUCUAGAAAAAAAUAUGAAAGAAUCUGAAUUAAUGCCACCACCUAAAUCAAUUGAGUCUAGUCAAGAUCAACAAAAAUCUAAUAAUGAACAUGUAAUAACAAAAAAGAAAUCUAAUAAUGAAAAACCUAAUAAUGAUAGCAAAGAAACAAAGGAUAACAAAAGUGAUAUUCAAAAAGUUCCCAAUUCAGAUACAAAUACAAAAAAUCAAAAAGAAAAAAGAUGGGUAUUGGGAGAUUUUGAUAUUGGUCGACCUUUGGGCAAGGGAAAAUUUGGUAAUGUGUAUUUAGCCAGAGAAAAAAGAACAAAAUUUAUAAUAGCUAUGAAAGUACUUUUUAGAUCACAAAUAUCAGAUGCAAAUAUUACGCAUCAAGUAAUUAGAGAGAUAGAAAUCCAAACCCAUUUAAGGCAUCCAAAUAUUUUGAGGAUGUAUGGAUAUUUCUAUGAUGAUAAGCGAAUUUACUUAAUAUUAGAAUAUGCUCCAAAAGGAGAGCUUUAUAAGGAACUAAAUAACCAACCUAAUAAGCGAUUUGACGAAGUAAGGACAGCAACUUAUAUAGCUCAAUUAGCAGAUGCGUUAAAAUAUUGUCAUAGUAAAAGCGUUAUUCAUCGUGAUAUUAAACCAGAAAAUUUACUUCUUGGAUUAAAUGGCGAAAUAAAAGUAGCCGACUUUGGAUGGUCUGUGCACGCUCCUUCCUCUCGACGCGAUACUUUAUGUGGCACUUUAGAUUAUUUACCACCUGAAAUGGUAUCUGGCAGACCACAUAAUCAUACAGUUGAUUUUUGGAGUGUUGGAGUAUUAUGUUAUGAAUGUUUGGUUGGUAAACCUCCUUUCUAUGCAGCAACUAAUGAUGAAACUUAUAUGAACAUAAAAAAAUUGCAAUACACGUUUCCAAGUUUUGUUAGUGAAGGUGCAAGAGAUUUAAUUUCAAAGCUAAUAGUUAUUGAUCCUGAAAAAAGAUUGAAUAUGGAUGGCGUUCUUAAACAUCCUUGGAUUGUAAAAAAUCGCAAAUAAGAAAAUAUGAAUAAAAUGUAUGUGAAUUACGAUAUAAAGUUUGUUCUUUUUAACUGAACUGGUUGCACUAGUUCGGGAAGUGUACACUAAAACGUUCUUUUUUAGCAGAAGUGACGACAGAUGCUAUUGUUGUUUUUAGCAGUGCUGUUCAGUGCAACAGUACACUCGCUCUAAUCUUAAGGUAGCGCAGUAGUACAGUUUAAUAUGGUGAUGUAUUUAAACACAAAUAGCGGUUUCAUUUUUAAUUAAUAACAUUAGUUGCAAGAAAGAAAACAACAAUCAUAUAAAUAAUA